GCCCUGCAUAUUUUCACCUUGCCAUACUCGUUUGUCUUCUUUAAGGGAUAGUAACAUUUGUUGCAAGAGACUAAAACAUCACUUGCCAGUUGUCAGAAGACCUGAAUGCAACGCACAGGCCCUCGUCCAAAGGCAUGUUAGAAGCUACUCAGGUCUCCUAUCAUACUCUGGUCGAGUAAGCAAAAUGAGUAACCUGCUGGACAGCCCCACGAAAGUGCUCCUCACUGGAAGGCCAGGGAGCAUUAGUGAUAUGGUACAGCUGGACAAUAAACAUGGAGCUGUUGUUGUUACUGGAAUAAAGGAAGAUGACCCAGUUGCGUGUAAUUUGGGUGUAAAAGAAGGAGAUGAACUCCUUGGGGCCACCAUUUACUUUGAGAACUUGCAGAAGGCCGAGGUUCUUAAUAUUUUAAAAGCAGCAGAACCAUACAAAGCAGGUCUACAGCUUCAUACUAAAAAUGAGCUUCAGCUGCCUCAAGGGAAUGAUUUUACUUUAACAAAAGGUCAUGUGGUUGCAAGCUCUUCAACAUAUGAUGAGCUCUUCAGAAACAAGAUUCGACCACGCCUUAAGGGGUCUGUCUCCUUGUUUGAUGUAUCAAAAGAAGGCAUAAAUAAUGGACAGUCAAAGUUUAAACUGCCGCAGGCUCCUAAAAUGCACGAUUUUGGUCUUGAUUUGCCUGGUAUUGAUGCUAAAAUACCCAGUAUCAAUGAUCCCAGACCUCACUUCUCACUACCAAAAUUCCAAGGUCCAGAUGUUAACGUAAGCCAAUCAAAAGAUGGCAUACAACUACCAAAUUGGAGAAGUUCAACAUUAAAUGUUGACGGUUCCGAACUUAAUGGUCUAGAUAUGAAAACCCAUCUUCCUACAGCAGAUCUGCAAAUUAAAACUCCCAGUUUAAAAGAGCCAGAAGUAAAUGUUAACCUUCCUAAAGUAAGCAUGAACGGCUCGGAAAUCCUUGAUUUGGGAAAUGUGACCCCAAAAGCAAAUCUAAAAACACCAGUGGUAACAAGCUCAGCGUUUAAUGUUGAUCUACCUAAGGCAGGGUUACACAUUCCUGAAGUAAAAGGUCCAGAAGUAAACGUUGAGCUUCCAAAAGCUGAUUUACAAAUUCCAAAACUCAAAGGUCAUAAAUUAAAUGUUGACCUUCCAAAGGCAGAUAUAAAAAUUCCACAUGUAAAAGGUCCUGAUAUGGAAUGUGAUCUUCCUGGUGCUAGUUUUCAACCCCUGAAAUUGAAAAGUCCUGAAUUAAAUAUCAGUCUACCUAAGACAGACUUACCUACUCCUGAACUAAAAGGUUCAAAAUUUAAUGUUGACCUUCCAAAUGCAGAUGUCAAUAUUUCAAAAUUAAGUCCAGAAGGAAGUGUAGACCUUCCAAAAGUAGAUUUACAAAUUCCAAAACUGAAAGGUCAGGAAGUGAACAUAAAUGUUCCCAGGGUACCCCAACUAAAUGAUCCAAAACUAAAUGUCAGUCUACCUAAAGCUGAUAUUCAGACUCCAGAUCUAAAAGGUCCAGAAGUGAAUGUUGGUCUUCCAAAAGUAGAUCUGCAAAUGCCAAAAGUAAAAUGUUCUGAAAUGACUAUAGAUCUUCCUAAAGAUCCAAAACUAGAUGUUAAUAUGCAUAAUGUAGAUAUUAAAAUGAAAGGUCCAGAAGUAAAUGUUGGUCUCCCCAAAGUUGGUGCAGACAUUGAAAAACUAAAAGGUCCUGAAGUAAAUCUUCCUAAAGCUGAUUUACAGUUUCCAAAAAUAAAAAGUCCUGAAGUCAACUUUGAUGUUCCAAAACCAGAAGCAAAAGGGAAGUUUAAAAUGCCUUCAUUUAGCUUAUUUAAUUUAAAGAAAGACAUCCCUAACACAGAAAUAAAUGUAAAAUCUGAAAAACUGACAGGGCCAGAAAUUAAUGCUAAUCUACCCAAAGCAGAUAUGCAGAUUCCAAAACUUAAAGGCCUAGAAGUAAACAGUGAUGUCCCUAAAGCAGAUAUACAGAUUCCAAAACUGAAUGGUCCAGAAGUAAAUGGCAACUUUCAAGCCAUUAAUCUAAAAACUCCAGAAUUUAAUGUUAAUCUACCAAAAGCAGAUCUUCACAUGCCAGAAAUAAAGGGUAAAGGAUACGGCAUUGACCUUCCAAACCCGGAUUUACAGAUUCCAAAAUGUCCAAAAGUGGAUGUUGAUUUACCCAAUGUAAAUAUGCAGGUUCCAAAACUAAAAGGACAAGAAAUUAAUAUAGACCUUCCAAAAGUCAAUUCACAAGCACCGAAACUAAAAGAGCGAGAAAUGAAUCUUGAUCUCCCUAACAUAGAUAUUGAUAUGCCAAAACUGAAAGGCGCAGACAUAAACAUUGGUGUUCCUAAAGUCAGUGUAGACAUGCCAAAUUUAAAAGGCAAAGAAGUUAAUGCAAACCUUCCUAAAGCUGAUUUACAUCUUCCAAAUCUGAAUUGUCCAGAGGUAAACCUUGAUGUCCCAAAACCAGAAGUAAAAGGCAAGUUUAAAAAACCCUCAUUUAACUUCUUUAGCUUUAAAAAAGAUGCACCCAAUGCAGAAAUAAAUGUGAAAUCCCCCCAAAUUGAAGCUGCUAGUGACAUGCCCAAAGUAGAUUUGAAAGGAAAAGCAGAGCUAGAUGUUAAUGCCCCCAAUAUUAAUAUAUCAGCCCCUGGAAUAAAAGGAGACAUCAGUGGCCCAGGAGCAAGUAUAGAUAUACCAGACGUUAAAAGUUCAAAACUAAAAAAGCCACUUUUUGAUUUUCCCAUACCAGAUUUAAAAUUCCCCAAACUGAAAGGUCAAGAAGUGAAAGUAGAUCUUCCCAAAGCAGAUAUACAUGCUCCACAACUUAAAGGGACAGACAUAAAUGUUGGCCUACCAAAAACAGAUAUAGAGAUCCCCAAAGUGAGUGGACUUCCUAAAGCAGAUAUAGAUGUUCCAGAAUUGAAAGGGCCAAAUAUAGCUUUAGACCUUCCCAAAGUAGAUUCACAAAUUCCAAAAUUUAAAGUUUCUGAUGUAAAUAUAGCUCUUCCCAAAGCAGAUAUGCAUGCUCCAGAACUGAAUGGUCUAGAAGCAAAUGUAGACCUCCCCAAAGCCAAUUUCCAAGACAUCAAAUGGAAAGGUCCAGACAUAAAUGUUAAUCUGCCUAAAGGAGAUCUCCACAUUCCAGAAAUGAAAGGAAAAGACAUAAAACUACCAAAAGCAGAUCUACAAAUGCCAAAAGUUGAUGUCAAUCUACCCAAAACAAAUAUACAAGUUCCAGAUGUGAACUUUGGUAUUCCUAAAGUAGAUGUAGACAUGCCAAAUGUAAAAGGUCCACAAAUAAAUAUUCCUAAAGUAGACAUUAAUAUGCCAAAACUUAAAGGUCCAGAUGUGAAUUUUGGUAUUCCUAAAGUAGACAUAGACAUGCCAAAUGUAAAAGGUGCAGAAGUAAAUCUUCCUAAGGUAGACAUUAAUAUUCCAAAACUUAAAGGACCAGAUGUGAACUUUGGUAAUCCUAAAGUGGAUGUUGACAUGCCAAAUGUAAAAGGUCCACAAAUAAAUAUUCCUAAGGUAGACAUUAAUAUGCCAAAACUUAAAGGUCCAGAUGUGAACUUUGGUAUUCCUAAAGUAGACAUAGACAUGCCAAAUGUUAAAGGUCCAGAAGUAAAUCUUCCUAAGGUAGACAUAAAUAUGCCAAAACUUAAAGGUCCAGAUGUGAACUUUGGUAUUCCUAAAGUAGAUGUAGACAUGCCAAAUGUAAAAGGUCCAGAAGUAAAUCUUCCUAAAGGUGAUUUACACAUUCCAACACUUAAAACUCCUGACGUGACUCUUGAUGUUCCAAAACCUGAAAUUAAAGGUAAAUUGAAAAAACCCUCAUUUAACUUCUUUAAUUUUAAAAAAGAUACACCUAAUGCAGAAAUAAACCUAAAAACCCCAAAGGUUGAAGCAACUGGUAACAUACCCCAUGUAGACUUAAAAGGUGGCAAAGGUCUAGAAACAAAUAUAAAUGUGCCAAAUGUUGAUAUAAAUGCCCCACAAAUAAACCUUAAAAGCCCUGACAUGAAAUUAGAAGCUCCAAAUGUGAAAAACACAGGAUUUAAAUUUCCAUCCUUUCAAAUGUCUGGCCCAAAAGUCCAAACACCUGAUUUAGAAUUGGGUGGUUCUUUAAAUGCCCCUUCAAUGGAUAUUAAUGCACCACAAAUUGAUGUCAAAGGUCCAAAUGUAAGGACAAAUGCUCCUAAAUUUAAAAUGCCUUCAUUUCCACUCUCAUCUUCUCAGAAGGCAAGUCUUGACAUAGACACACCUAAAGCAGAGUUGGACAUUGAUGUGAAAGCUCCAGAUACAAAUACACCAAAAUUUAAGAUGCCUUCUUUACCUUUCUCUUCGUUCCAAUUGUCAGGUCCUAAAGUUGAAACACCUGAUUUAGAAUUGGGUGGUUCUUUAAAGGCUCCUUCAAUGGAUAUUAAUGCACCACAAAUUGAUGUCAAAGGUCCAAAUGUAAGGACAGAUGCUCCUAAAUUUAAAAUGCCUUCAUUUCCACUCUCAUCUUCUCAGAAGGCAAGUCUUGACAUAGACACACCUAAAGCAGAGGUGGACAUUGAUAUGAAAGGUCCAGAUACAAAUACACCAAAAUUUAAGAUGCCUUCUUUACCUUUCUCUUCAUUCCAAUUGUCAGGUCCUAAAGUUGAAACACCCGAUUUAGAAUUGGGUGGUUCUGUAAAGGCCCCUUCAAUGGAUAUUAAUGCACCACAAAUUGAUGUCAAAGGUCCAAAUGUAAGGACAAAUGCUCCUAAAUUUAAAAUUCCUUCAUUUCGGCUCCCAUCUUCUCAGAAGGCAAGUCUUGACAUAGACACACCUAAAGUAGAUGUGGAUGGGUCCUUCACAACUCCACAAGUGGAGUUAAAUGCACCACAAAUAAAUUUUAAAGGUCCUGAUAAGCCAAAUGUAAAUGCAUCCAUUUCUCAAGGAACCUUUAAAAGUCCGCAAGCCUCAACUGAUGUGAAAGGUUCAAAAUUCAAAUUCCCAACUUUGCGUAUUUUCCAAACUAAACUUGGUCUACCAGAUGCUGACCUAGGCUUGGAAUCUACAAAAUCUGAAAAUGCUUCUCCACCAAAUAUAUCAGGGAACCUUACAAUGCCAAAUCUAAAGGGUAGUGCUCCAGAUGUUGGUUUUGAAGAAUCAGAUAAAAAGAGCUUUCCAAGGUUCAAGAUGCCAACUCUUGGAAAACCAGAUGCUAAAAUAAAAAUGCCAGAUGUUCAAUUGCCAAAAGAUAAUGUCCAAUUGAGGGGCCCAGAGCUGAGUGCAGAUUUACCAAGUGUUAGUGGCAAAGGAAUUAAAUAUAAAAUCCCAGAUGCUAAUUUGAAAGCAGGGGUUCCAGAAUUAGAAGGGAAUAUACAAGGACUGGGUACUGAAAUCAUAGCACCAAAAUUGAAUAUGGAAAGUGUAGAAGGGAGUAUGCAUUUGCCUAAGUCUACAUCUCUAUCAGGUCCCAGUAUUGACCUACCUGACAAUAAAAUACAAAUAAGUGGUACAGAGAAAUCCCCAUCUCAAAGAAGAAGCCCUGGCUUUGGUCUUGAUCUACCAUCUGCCAAUUUCAGUGCUCCUAAAAUAAAAGUUAAAGUACUGCCAGAUGAUGGUAUUCAUUUAAAAGGUCAAAAACUAAAAAAUGAUGUUAGACUGUCUGCUCCAAAGCUUGAGGGUGAUGAAUUAGAUGAUAUUGACAUAGAUUUGCCAUCUGCAAAAGUUAAUGCACCAGUGUGGAAAGAGCCAUUCUCUGGUAAAACAGAGGUGCCGCCUACUGAUAUCAACUCCCCCCAAGUAAAAGGUGGAGUUAAAAUCUCCCCAAUGAAGUUGGAAAAUGAUGACCUUACUGUGGGAGUCAAUAUUCAACCUGGUGAGGUGAAUGCCCCAACUUGGAAAAGGCCAUUCUCUGGUCAAACAGAAGCUCUUGGGGAUGAUGUAAAUGCCCAGUUUAAGGUUCCCAGCAAAACAAAUUCACCUAACAUAGAACGUGAUGUCAGUCCACGUUCUAAAUUCAAAUAUUUAUUUUCUGAAUCUAACUUUUCCUUCCCAGAGAUUGGCUUUGACAUCUCCCCACCUCGUAAAAACACUUCAUAGGCUUUGGCCUAAAUCUCGUAAUCGGCAACACACAAAAUUACUUGUAAACAUGUUUGUUUGAAUAUAUGUAAAUGAAACAAGUGAUGUCUGAGUCACAUAUUUGUUUGAAAUGCUUUUUGUUGAAGUGUCAAAAACUGUAUUAUCUGCUGGUUAAGUAAUGAAUUAUCAUUUUGUUUUUGUUGUUUUACUUAAAAAUAGCAUUCUAAAAGAUAGCAUUUUAUUUGGUCCAUUUUAACAGGAUGAAAGCAUGUCCAAUUUAGUAGGAUCUUCUUUUUGUCCAGAUUUCAUUUGAUUCUGGCCUCUUUUACGCAACAAAAGUUGAUAUGACCAAAACUUUUUGCUCUCUUUUCUCACUGGUCAAUCCAUGUACCACUAUCCAUUGAGAGUUUUGGAAGGGGAUGCAUCAUAGUUAUCAAAUCUUAUAAAAUCUUAUGUAGUUGAAACAAGUGAUAGCCUCAAUGAUCUCUCUGGAGCUGCAUUGAUAUUUGCAGGAUCAGGCUUUUGCUACCAAAUAAAAACUCCCCAAAGACACAAGAAUUUAAGGCUUUUUCAAAGCCUUAUGAAGCCCUGCCCUUGAACCUCUUCAUUUGCCAUAUAUUUUUUUUAACAGGGUAAAUGUACUUUUUUUUUUUACUCUUCUAAAACCAGUUUUGAUCUAUUGGAAGAAGGAUUUUAUCUUUCAAUCCUGAAGCCUUUGAUUUGAGGCACAACAUGAAGGAAUUGCUCAUUAUUGGGUAUAUCUAGCCCGUAGCCUGACACUCAUUUUUGUACUACGGUUUCAUCUGGGAAUCGUAUUUCAUCAACAGCUAUAGGUUGGCUUUCUUAUAGUAUUUUUCUCCAUGGCUUUCUUUGUCUACCUAUUUAUUUAUUAUGUUUGAGUUCUCAGGUCUUAUUUAAUAAUUAAAUAACAAUUAAUGGUAAUUUUCAGAAGAUUAUUAGCCCUUCCAUGUGCAUACAUAUAGGUGAAAAAGAAAUAUCAUGUAAACAAAGAAACCAGUUAAUUACAUUCUUACUUUGUAUGUAAAAAAAAAAGCAGGAAAUAAAGCCUAAUUAUAAAUGGCAUAUGUGUAGUUCUGUUUUAAUGCAUACCAUUUUUAUUUUUUAGUUAAUACUCCAGAAUUUAGGACUAAAUGCAGGCCAUUAAUAUAAAUGCCUGUGUUUGUCACAAAACCUCAUAUCAGCAGGUGUAUUACACACAUAUAACCUAAACUGAAGUGUGGAAGUAAUGAAUGGUACCAUAUAUAUUUUGUACAUAUACGUAUUAUACUCAGGCAGGUCUGCUCCCACCUUUUCUUUGGCCUACUCUCCUGAUAACCUAAUGAAGUCUUUGAGCAAUGAUAUUACGUUAAGAUAUAUGAUCAGCGUUUAUUGUAAAAGCAUUAAUAUGUAUUAUAGAUGUAUUUUUGUAUUUCCUUCUGAUGCUACAGAUAUUGAAAAAUCUUUCUUUAUUAUUAAAUAAAAUUCGUGAAAAUA